AAAAAAAAAAAAAAAAAGAUUGUAUACAUAUUUCCUUUUUAUUUUCGUUUCAAGUAAAUUCACAUGGACAUAAAGGAGCGUAUUCAAUCAAUAUUAACUAAGCAUUGGCUUCUUCUACCUUUAUUCAUCACCACUACAUUUGGAUUUGGUUAUCAAACUAUUCCUUUAUUUACUUGGUUAUAUAUUCCAACCAUCUUAUCUUACAAUCGUAAUCAACAAGACUAUCAAACCAUUUUUUUUACUUACCUUGUCAGUAGUAUUGGAUUUAGUCUUGGUUAUUUAGGCAACUUUAAUACUGUUUCAAUUAAUGAUAAGGGGCCCCGAUUCCCUUUAUUUUGGGUAGUUAUUUUGUGCUCCUUUGCUAUUCAUUUACUCUUGGUAGUUGCCCUGUUUGCUGAAAAAUUUACUAUUCAAAGAUAUCAAGGACAUAAAAGAGCACACCUUAUACGUAUUGUAUUCUUUCCUUGUUUAUGGACCUCUAUUUGGUGUCUCAUGACACGUUAUGGGCCCUUGGGCGAUUUUAUUUCAUUAUCUACUAGUUUAGUCAUCUGGCCCGAGUUUGGUCAAAUUGCUUCCAUUGGAGGUCGAUCUCUUUUAGAUUUUUUAAUGGUUUUAUUUGGAACAAUCUUGGUUGAAUUCAUAUUUCCAACAAAAGAAGAAAAGAAUGAAGACCAAGAGGAAGAAGAAGAAGAAGAGACUAUUCCUUCAUCAGGACGGCGUCGUUUGGCUGUUUUAUCUAGUAUCCUGAUGGCUCUUAUCCUAGUCUAUGGUGGUGCUCGUGUUAAUAUUCAUUCUAAUUCAUUUUAUCAAGUGAAUUAUCCUGAUUAUGUUCCAAAGACAGAACAAGUGGGUUGUGUCGUAGGUCCCGGUGGUUCUGAUUCUCCUCAAUUACAAACACAGCAAGAUAUAUGGCUAAAUAUGACAAGAGAGCUGGCAGAGUCUGGUGCAAAACUUGUUUUAUGGUCUGAAUUAACAGCAUUCGUCAAUGAUUUAGAAGAAGAGAAAAUACUUAUUGGAAAGGCAAAAGAUUUAGCACGAACUUAUCAAAUCUACUUGGGUAUUAGCUAUGGUACAGUAAAUCAAAACAAGUUGGUUUUCAUUACAAAACAAGGUGAAAUUGGCUUUGAUUUCAAUAAAGCGCAUCCUGUACCUGGAAUUGAAACUCAACCCGCUGGUCCAAAUGUACUUCAAUAUAUUGAUACUGAAGAAUUUGGUAGAAUUGGAGGCGCUAUUUGUUUUGAUUUUAACUUUCCAAGCUUUAUUAGUCAAGCUAGUACACAUAAUAUAGAUAUUAUGCUUCAACCAAGCUGGACAUGGGGACCUACAGGAACUUAUCAUGAACAAACUAAUAUCAUUCGUGCAGUUGAAAAUGGGUUUACAUUAUUUAGAUGCGUUAGUCAAGGCGUAUCUGGUAUUUAUGAACCCACCUUAAACGGUAUCUUUAAUCAAAAGUAG